AUAGACAUGCAUAACUUUGACAUACUCAAGUAAAGUUUUAACGUAUAUUUAUAAUAUUUAGAAAAUUUAUAUGGUGCAACUUAUUAAAAGAAAAUUAAGAUAAUUUACAAUACAACCACGAAGAAAUCUUUGCCCAUUGGAUUGAAAUAAUAGGAUAGAAUAACAAACUCUCAAUAUGGCGUCCAAUGUGUUUGGCGUAUGGGAUUAUGUGAUCAUGGGUCUCACCAUGGUAGCGUCAAUAGUCAUCGGCGUUUAUUUUCGAUUUAGUGGAGGCAAACAGAAAACAAAUGAGGAAUACCUUCUGGCAGACCGCAACCAGUCGAUAUUGCCCGUGGCCGUAUCCCUGAUGGCAUCAUUUAUGUCAGCAAUUACAUUGCUCGGUGUAUCAUCGGAAAAUUAUUAUUACGGAAUGCAAUUUGUUGUUAUCAACGUAUCACAUCUAUUAGCUACACCUAUAGCCUGCUACUUAUAUCUCCCCGUAUUUUUUAAACUACAAAAGACAAGUACUUAUGAGUAUUUAGAGCUCCGCUUCGGCCCACGAAUUAGAAUGCUCGCGUCGUUAACGUACACAUUACAAAUGGUGCUAUAUAAUGGUAUAGUGUUAUAUGCCCCCGCUAUAGUUCUAGAAUCUGUGACUGGUCUGGACAGACUGAUAUCGAUAUUAGUUGUAGGCUUAGUUUGCACUUUCUACUCAACUUUGGGAGGCAUGAAAGCAGUGUUAUUCACUGACUUGCUCCAGUCUUUACUGAUGUUUGGAGCUGUGUUCACAAUAGUUAUAUUUAGUUCAAUACAAUUAGGUGGAUUUGAUAAGAUUUUUAUAAUAGCGAAUGAGGGCGGACGAUUAGACUUCAAUAAUUUCAGCUUGGAUCCAACCGAAAGACACACGUGGUGGUCCCUCAUGAUUGGCGGUGCUAUUACUUAUUUAUCUUUAUAUGCAGUUAACCACACACAGGUUCAACGACUAAUGACUGUUAGCACAUUAAAAAGAUCUCAGAAUUGUCUCUGGUGGAGUUGGCCAAUCCUCUUUACACUUGGGGUUACUACUUGCACCAGCGGUCUUGGCAUGUAUGCAGUAUAUAGAUAUUGUGAUCCUUUAAUGGACAAUAAAAUCAGUUCAAUAGACCAACUAAUGCCGUAUUACGUGGUGGAUGCGAUGCGUGACGUGUCUGGCUUGGCUGGUCUGUUCGUGGCUGGCAUCUUCAGUGCCUCAUUGUCCACAAUAUCGGCAGCUUGUAACGCACUCGCUGCUGUCACCCUCACAGACUAUGUUAGUAGGUGGUGUACCAUACGGCCAUCUUAUGUGAUGUGGCUGACAAAAUUGGCGGCAUGCGCGUUUGGACUGAUUUUCUUGGCUUUGGCAUUCCUCGCCGAGUACCUCGGAGGUGUGUUGCAGGCCGCCUUAACGAUUUUCGGUGCAGUCGGCGGACCCUUAUUAGGAGUUUUUACAUUAGGAAUGUUCACAACAUAUGCUACGGAAAUGGGUGCAUCGAUAGGCCUGAUUACCGGCAUGAUGAUGACUCUGUGGAUGAGUUUUGGGGGGCCGCGACCUCCUCUUACUAAGCUCCCUCUCAGCACGGAGGGUUGUGCGUAUAAUGGAACCCUAAAUGUGUUCCCAGAAAGUGAUCCUGAUGACUACUUCUAUCUUUACCGGGUGUCAUACAUGUGGACUAGUCCGUUGGGUUUCGUGUGGGUGUUGGUGGUGGGCAGCGCGGUGUCUGCUCUGUGGCGGCAGCAGCAGCCGUGGGAGCGCGCGGGCCGCAAACACCCGGACCCCGCGCUCUUCACGCCGCCGCUCGCGGCGCGUCUGAGGGCCGCCGCACAACACAAAACUGAUGUUCAGUCUGAACUUCUAACGUAUAAUGGAGAUAAAUAACCAUGACCAAGAAAUAAACCCAAAAAAUGCACGGGUCAAGUAAGUACCUACUAGUAUUGUGAUUAUGACAAUAUAAAUUAAAUGUAAACGAACUUUAGUUGGUGUAUUAGGCAUCGGUGCUGUGACUAUGUAAACCAAUAGAUUUAUUAGUAUUAACUUACUGUUUACCUCAAAUGCAUUUCAAUAAAUAUAGUAUAUUGAAAUGUAAUAGAUAUAGAAAUUACCCAGUUAUGUACUUAUAAUAAAACAUAACUUUGUUAGAACAUUACUAGGUAUAAGACAAUUGCCUGUUAUUAAUCUGUAUAAGAGUAAUAUUUAAGUACAAAAUAAAAUUAUGUACUGUCAACUAUAUAUAUUUUAAAUAUAAUGUAUAUUUUUUUGUUAAUGAAUUACUGUGUAUUAAAGUAGGUGUCAAAUGUUGCGUUUACCGCGACAAUUAGAUGCCUCUGACUAUGCUAUCUGGUAUUACAGUUGUGUUGAUAUGUAUAUUUUACAGUAUGUUUUAAUGUAUCAAUACAUGUAUAUUUCUAUCAAAUUUACAUCGACAUACAUUAAUAGUUUAUAGUUUGCGAUAUACGACUAUGUACUUCUUUUAUUAGUAUCCUUUAGUAGCUAAUGGAUGGUAUUCACGACAAAAUAUUGUUGUAAAUAUAUAAUGACAGUUAUAUAAAUAUAUGGAUCUCAUUUCAUUCCUCUCAGAAAACAUAAAAGAAGAGAUGAUGAAUAGCACUUCUCUCUUUGUGACCAAAGAGAGAAAUUCCUUCCGCCAAAAUAAAAAUGAAAUGUGUUGAUCGUGUCAAUCGAGAUUUUUAAAUUACUAUUUAUUAUAUUCUCAACACAGCUGUGUAUAUAGUUGGGUUCAGUUAAUGCAUUAUAUCGAUAAGAUGCUUCCUAUAGGUAACACCUGGCACUGUAUAAUGUGAAAACAGAUUGUAUACCAGUGUAUCAGUAUUAGUGUAGCAUAAUAAUACUUAUGUGCAGUUUCAGCAGUUUAUUUAUUAGGUAUUUAUUGAUUUCCAUUUCUAUUAAAAUGUGACGUAGAAGUUAGUAUAAAACAUUACUUUAAUUUCAUUAGUCUGUCGACAACUAUGCACAUGCUUGCGAGGUGAAUAUGUCGCAACGCUGUUCUAAAUUUAUAUUUGUAAACAUAAAAAUGUCUUACAAUAGAAGACGUGAUUCGCAUACAUUUUCCUUAGCAAAGAUCUUUAAAAUCACAACUCCAGUCAUUUUCAAGAACUCGAAUAGUUAAUUCAAAACAGAGCAAAUGACGUGCUACAUGUUUUAGUGACUAAUUAGUAAAUAAGUCGAUGGCUUAGACAUUUAGCAAACGAAGUUAAAAAUUCGAUAGCUGCCCGCAUGAGUUUAAAUGAGACACCAACGCCCAGCACGUUAGUUUUCCUCGUUCGUUUCAUAGCGUUAGAUACAUUAACAAUAGUACCACAGAUUAUUGGUCCUAUAGAUUGCUUAUCCCAUUUGAACGGGCCUGAGCCAAGAUUCAAAACCUCCCAAGCCCAUACACUAAAGCCGAAUCCGAUAGGCAUGGAUUGGACUUCAGCCGUUCCAUAAAUACUUCCACGGGUUUUGAGUGCCUUGUCUCGCCCCUUGCCUUGGACAAGCCCCAAUUUUCGAGAAUUUAGCUGUAAAGUUAUUCCAACAGCAUUAGAAUAUUUAAAAAAAAAGAAACUGCGAUUCGCUUGCCAACUGUACAGGCCCCCUGAAUUUACAAUGUGUACUAUAACUUACUAUCUUAUUUACUUAUGUAUACAUACAAUCAGAAACUUUGUACAGUUAAUCUAUAUACGGAUAUGUUCUCAAUAAUCGAUUUAUAUAAAAACAUUACAUCAUGUUUUAUUUAUCUCAAUUUGUUUUGUAUAAUAACAAUAUAAUGGUUUUGUUCACCACGUUAAAA